GAAAAUAGUUUAAACUUCGAGACCGAGAUAUCUUCUCAAUGCGAUAAUUUGAUUGCAACCAUAAAAACACGAAAACAGCAAUUAUUGACUUUUGCCCGAAAAGAGAAGGACUAUAAAUUGCGAAUAUUGAGGGAACAAGUGAUGGCAUGCACUGCAAAAUUACAACAGACAACAGGACUCAUCCAGUUCUGUAUCGAAGCCCUCAAAGAUAACGAUAACAUGAGUUAUCUUCAGAUCGGAUCGUCAUUAAUAAAUCGUGUCUCCAAUGUGGAGAUGACAUGGCAUAAGGACAUGAACACCUCUCCCUGGGUAUCACCAGAGUUUGAUCUCACACUAGACUGUCAGCCCGUCCUCAUGGCUAUCGAACAAUUGAAUUUCUCACAAAUGAAACUAAAUGGUCUGAUUCUAAGAAGUCCUCUUAAAGAGUUCUUUACUCCGGAUUUAGUCUUAGCCUUAAGAUCACCGGGACCUCCAAUACUGAUUCCCGACGAGUGUAUGUCUGAAAACAAUGGUAUAACAGUCGGAUGGCAACCGCAUCCCUCCAGUUUCGUCGAGGCAUUUAUCCUCGAACUCGAUGACGGAAAUAACGGCUCUUUUAGAGAAGUAUAUUGUGGUAAAGAGACGGUUUGCACAGUGGAUGGCCUGCACUUCAACUCUAUAUAUCGACUUCGAGUAAAGGCUUACAAUAGUAGCGGCGAAGGAGUCUAUAGCGAUGUCAUAUCUCUUCAAACCGCUGAUGUUGCGUGGUUUGCAUUGGAUCCCCUGUCAGCCCAUCCCGAUAUUAUCAUCACAAACGAAAACCAGACGUUUACGUGCGAUAGUUAUGAGCAUAGAGUGGUUUUGGCAAAUAUGGCAUUUUCUCGUGGCGUUCACUACUGGGAGAUUAAUGUCGAUAGAUAUCAGAACAAUGCAGACAUUGCUUUAGGUAUCGCUCGGGCAGACGUCUCCAAAGACAAAAUGAUCGGCAAGGAUUCGUUGGGUUGGAGUAUGUAUAUCGACAAUAAGAGGUCGUGGUUUCUGCACGCAGACCGACACGACCGCCGGUGCGACGGCGGUAUCGAGAGGUCCAGUGUUAUCGGGGUUUUGCUUAAUAUGGAAAGACAUGAGAAAUGA